CACCCUGACCCCUUCUUGCUGAACUCAGUGACCUUCACCUCCAGUGUCUCCUCCCACCUCUACUCCCCCGGCUCCUCGUCCACCUCCUUCCUCCGUUCCUUUGACACCCUCGGCCCCCACACCGGUCUGCCUCCCAUGAUGUCAUCAGCCGCCCCACAUAUGACCACACCCCCUUUGACUCUAAGUCCACCCCCUCCUGAGUUAACUCCACCUCCUGUCCAGCUGCUGGGCUCUGACGAUGAGGAGCAGGAAGACCCGUCAGAUUACUGCAAAGGUGGUUACUACCCCGUGAAGAUCGGUGAUCUGUUUAACGGGAGGUACCACGUGGUCAGGAAACUGGGCUGGGGACAUUUUUCUACAGUGUGGCUCUGCUGGGACCUGGGCUGGGGACAUUUUUCUACAAAGCGCUUUGUGGCGUUGAAGGUGGUGAAGAGCGCUCCACAUUACACUGAGACGGCUCUGGACGAGAUCAAACUGCUGAGAUGUGUGAGAGACAGUGACCCCUCUGACCCCUACAGAGAAACCAUCGUCCAGCUGAUUGAUGACUUCAAGAUAUCAGGAGUCAACGGAGUGCAUGUCUGUAUGGUUCUGGAAGUUUUGGGUCAUCAGCUGUUAAAAUGGAUCAUUAAGUCGAACUACAUGGGACUUCCUCUGGUGUGUGUCAAGACCAUCAUCAGACAGGUGCUGCAGGGGCUGGACUACCUCCACACCAAGUGUAAGAUCAUCCACACCGACAUCAAACCAGAGAACAUCUUGUUGGACGUAGAUGAGGUUUACAUCAGGAGACUGGCAGCUGAGGCAACCUUCUGGCAGAGAGCUGGAGCCCCGCCCCCUUCUGGGUCAUCAGUUAGCAUGGCUCCCAGGGAUCUACAGGUCGGUAAGCUGUCUAAGAACAAGAAGAAGAAGUUGAAGAGGAAAGCCAAGCGUCAGCAGAGACUGUUGGAGGAGAGACUGGUGGAUAUACAGAGGAUGGAGGAGGAGGACGGUGUGAUCCAACCUGACGACACUGACAGCAACUGCUCUCUGGUUGUCAACGGCAACACUUCCUGCUCCACAGCCAACAGCAAAGCGAGCCCAGAGUCCACCUCCUCCUGGUUGGAGGACAGGUGUAAUGGCCACGCCCCCGGACGGUUCUCCAGCCCCGCCUCAGGCCUAUCAGGCUUCUCAGGCUCUGUGAUAUCAGCGACAUCCGAGUCAGCACUUUCUACUCAGUCAGGAUACUCGAGUGGAAGAGACGUGUUCAGUGCGUCAGACUUUAUCCUCAGUCCUCUGGAUCCUCAGAACGCCCACAAACUCAGAGUGAAGAUCGCUGACCUGGGAAAUGCGUGCUGGGUGCACAAACACUUCACAGAGGACAUUCAGACCCGACAGUACCGAGCUCUGGAGGUUCUGAUUGGAGCAGAGUACGGGCCGCCUGCUGACAUCUGGAGCACCGCCUGCAUGGCGUUCGAGUUGGCGACAGGAGAUUAUCUGUUUGAACCUCAUUCAGGAGAAGACUACACCAGAGACGAAGAUCACAUCGCUCACGUCAUCGAGCUGCUCGGACCGAUUCCUCUGCCCUUUGCUUUGUCUGGAAGGUACUCGAGAGAGUACUUCAACAGGAGAGGUGACAGGCUGUGUGUCCAUCUGUUUGUCUGCUCUUCUCUCCCUCUCUUUGUGCCUGUCUCACCUGUCUGUGUACCUGUCUCAGGUGAGCUGCGUCACAUCUCCAGCCUGAAGCCCUGGGGUCUGUUCGAGGUGCUGUUGGAGAAGUACGAGUGGCCGCUGGAUCAGGCGGCUCAGUUCAGUGACUUCCUGUUGACCAUGUUGGAGCUGCAGCCUGACCGCAGAGCGACAGCAGCGCAGUGUCUGCAGCACGCAUGGCUGCACACAUAAACACACACAGAUGUACACACUUAGAAACACACAUCAUGUUGAGGAGUGUUAGAUUUCUCUGUGUUGACUUCAUGUUGGAAAUUAUCAUCUCGACUGAUUCUGUCUGAAUCAGAAGGUUUUCUGAGUACGAUCAGUUUUGCGUGUCGCAGUGACAGCCCUGCUGCCGUCUGCUCUGUCUAAUGAUGAUCAAUAAUCAAAGGACUCUGUCCACACAAACACGUCUGUACGACACAUUCACACAUACGUGUUCUCUGUAAAAUGUUAUGUUGGUCGGUCUGGAUUUAGCACCCAGCAGUCAGAGGUUCAGUCGAGCUGUAAUUUCCCUCCAAACUCUUCUGAAACUGUUUCUGUCCUAACUGCUGAUUUAUUUCUGAUAAUUAUCUUCACUGAUUUUUGUUUCUCUGCUGAUCUGUUGUUUCUUUCUCUGUGUUUGUUUCUAUGAUUUUUUGUUUGUUUUUUACAGAUUUUCUGUUUUUACAGAUUCUGUUGACUUUUGCUGAGUUUCUAUUUAACAGACUGUUUAUCACUUCCUGCUUCACUUCCUGUCCCUUAUUGAUUAUUGAUCAGAGACUUCUAAGACUCCUGAACCUCCUUGAUGAUGAUGAUGAUGAUGAUGAGUUUUGGUUUAGACGAGCACACUGUGGCUUUCUGACAGCAGCCGACCCUCUCACUGACUCUGAUGACAUUAUUGAUCGUAUUGACAGUAUUGAUCUCUGUAGCUCAAAGUGAACUCUGACCUCUCACCUGUUUCUAUGUUCAUAUAUUAAAUAGUGCCUUGAAAUGACCCCUGACCCCGCCCCCUCCUCCCUGUCACAAUGACAUCACCCGAUGUGAAGAGUUUUUUUUUUUUUUUUUUUUUUUUACAUGUGUCCGUUUGUGUGGCAU